ACAAGCAGACGACCCAUUACAUUCUUCUCUCUGGAAUAGAAAUGAAUAUGACUGGUUGUUGGUGGAAUCUGGAAAACCCCGGCUGUGUGCGUAGAAUCUGAAGAUAUAUCAGAGUACAUCCCUACCACCGGCACAAUGAACCAUAUGGUCGCUAAAUAGUAAAAAUACGACCGUAAAUGGCUAUUACUUGGUCUAUUCUAGGCCAUACAUCCGUAAUAAAGCGCCCUUCCACUAUAUACACAUCGUAACGGAACCCUUCUCAGAGAAUCUAAUGCCCUUUAUUCUCAGAGUUUUGGCCACGUUAGUCAUCGCAAACCAUAUAAAUCGCAUAACAUGUUCCAAAGUGGGUAGCUCUGGAGGAAUCCUCGCCUUUACAGAAAAUGCUCCACUGAAUACUAACCAAACAUAUCGCAACAUCUUGUCUAAAACAACAAAUCGCAAUUUCACAUUAUUUUCCGAAAAGAGACACAAAGAAGCGUUGUAUGGAAAAAAGUUCAAUAAAAAAGGAAAAUCUAGCCGAGUCAGACAUUAUAGAAUAGUAGGAAGAGGAGGAGGUAUGCCCAGAUUAGGGAAAAUAACAAAGGUACCCACUCAAGCCAUAAAACUUCCUAAUAGAAGAUGUAUGCUACUUGGAAAAAUGGAUAAUUCAUCUGCAAGGAAAAUUAGCCAUUCUGGAAUCCGAACCCACAAAAAACAAAAGCUAAAUCUGCACUGGAAACGUAUUUGGCACCCAGGAAAAGGUUAUUUUGUAAGGUUGAAGAUCACCAUGAGGGCAUUGAAAACCAUCAAAAGACUAGGGAUCGAAGAAGCCGCAAGAAGAUUUCAUCUGAAUAUCAACGAUCCAAAGCUCUUUGCGGGCUAUGCACACCUAGGAAAGAAAAAGGUCGCACCAACAAAAGGAAAAUAUGACGACGGUUAUUACGUGGAUCUUGAUGAACCAGAUUAUAAAAUAUAAA